CAUUUCAAGCAAACUCGGUGUUGCAGAAACAUCUACGAGAUAGAUUCGACAAAGGUGCAACAAUAUUGUUGUCAGUGCUUUCUCUUGCAAUAUUACUAUAGGUCUAUCUGUUUUAGCAUCCAUUGUCGUCGGUUUUAUUUUCGUUAACAUCAUCAAAUAUGUUGCGAUCAGCUGUUCGUAGUGUAGCCCGUCUUACUGUGCCGGGAUCCCGAUCCUGUAGCAAUGCCUCCGAUAAACUAGUGGUCACCGAGGUGAAUGAUAAGACAGGAUAUGCAACAGUUACGCUUAAUCGGCCACCGGUCAACAGCUUGAACUUGGAACUGCUCACAGAACUAUCACAUUCGCUGGACGAUCUACUGAACAACAAAUCUCGUGGAAUGAUUUUAACUUCGUCUUCGAAAUCAGUGUUCAGUGCCGGGCUGGACAUUAUGGAGAUGUACAAACCCAAGCAAGAACGGAUGAAGCAAUUCUGGUCUACUCUGCAGGACGUGUGGUUCAAACUAUACGGAUCGCCGUUCCCAACCGUAGCAGUUAUUAAUGGUCACUCGCCAGCAGGCGGUUGUCUACUGGCCAUGUGCUGCGAGUACCGCGUAAUGUUACCCAACUUCAGUAUCGGACUGAAUGAAACCCAGCUUGGUAUUGUGGCUCCGACUUGGUUCCAGGCAACGAUGCGUAACACAUUGUCACGCCGUGAAGCAGAACUGGCGCUCACCUUGGGGACACUUUUCAGCACCGAUGAAGCCCUGAAGGUCGGACUGAUCGAUGAAGUUGCGGCAAGCAAAGAGGAAGGAAUUGCGAAGGCGACCAGUUUCUUGGAUCGCUUCAAGAAAAUUUCUCCGCAAGCAAGAUCCAUGACAAAACAAGCUCUCCGGAGCAAAGAUAUAAUGGAACUGGAGGAUAACAGAUCACAGGAUGUUGAUCUGUUUGUUUAUGCCGUCACACAGCCAAAGGUCCAGAAAGGUCUGGAAAUGUACUUGGAAUCGUUGAAAAAGAAGGCAGCGAAGUAGAUCUAGACAGCAACUAGAGGAUUCUCCUCGGAGCAUUUGAAUAUUUUUAUAUGAAUCAUUUUUUUUUUCAAUAAAAUAUAUACAAAUAUACAUUACUGUUAUGGCGGUAUAAGCCGUAAAAUGUA